AUGACGUCAGAUUUGGAGAGUUUUGAACAGAACAUUUCGUCCGAAACCACCUUUGGCUUUCUGUCAUCUUUGACGCUGAAGGAUGGGUAUAUAAUCUGUCAACUUAUCUCCAGUUUCGUCGCGGUUCUGCUGAACGUUACAGUGCUGUUGUUGACGUUCACAACGAAGAACAGGGUCCUCCGAAACUAUUGUGCUGUGAUAUGGAUCGGCGUGGCGGGUGAUACUCUCUACUCGAUCGUGCAUUUCAUUGUCAUCCCGGUGAGUAAAAACUAUAUGUACUAUCAGCCUGUCGGGAAAAUAAUAGGGAUUUUUCGGGCCUUGGAAACCCUUUUAUCAUCGCUUUGUGAGGGCUAGCCGCGGCUGGGGAUUUAGUGCGCGGCUGCGAAGACAUUUUGCUGCGGAAUAUCCACGUUUUUUUCCCGACACACUCACAUUAUUUCACGUAAAAAAAAAUAUCAGUCUGUCGGAAAAAUUAUAAGCAUUCUGCCACCUCCAAAAUUGCAUUACUUAAGAGUUCCAAGGGAGCCAGAAAACACUUCGGGUUGCCGUGCGACAGCUCACUCCGCUGCUUCUUCACCAAUUGUCCAUACGCUCUGGCGGCCAACCGCUCGCUCAGGCUGCGACUUCCAAACUGAUUUUCCUUCUUUCCCAAAUCCAAUAAUUCGGGGCCCCACAGCAUUUCGAAGUUUUUCCGCCGCCGAGAUGGAUUCAAUUCAAUUUAUUUCACUAAUCACAUGUAAAAAUCAUGGAGUGAAUCAGCAUGGUUUCUAUUGUCAAGUCAAUGCAACAUCCUUCCAUCGGUGGCUAUAGUGCUUUGGUCCUUCUUAUCCUUGGGCGUCCGAGCGGGUGUGUGUAGGAGGUGUCCAUUCCAGUAGCAUCACUGCCAGAACUGAACAGUAUAUACUCCAAGAUUAGCUCCACCGUUUCCUUUUUCCAGCGAUUUCUCGAACUGCUCCAAUUUCUCCUCGCUUCGAAUUGAUCAACAUUGAUUGUACCAACUCGAAAUCCAAUACGAUUGAUAGCUACUGUCCCAGGCAAAGCCUUUUGUGCCCGCGACGGCAUGGGUGGACAGGAAAAACCGACCGCUCUCCGAGGAGAAAAAAUCGGAAAUUCCGCCACCGAGAUCGGUUUCGAAAAAAAAUCGAAAAAUCGAGAGUAGGGUCUACAUUUUUUUGUGUUGUCGACUAGCCGCGACAGGUAUUGAAAAUUAAAAAAAAGCAUUUGAUACUCUGAAAGUUGCUCGUUCUAAUUUUAUAAAAGUUGUGCCCGUUUCCUUUAUCAGCCGAUAACGAAUGCCGUACGACUCUAAACUACAAAUUUACAAAUGCAAGACCACCCAAUAACGUAUUCCCACAUCCAAUAAAUACGUUUUUUUACAGGUGAUAGAAGUCCGAAAAGGCCACAUGUACUACAUCAAUCUCGGUGUGUUUGCCAAUCUUUCUUAUCCCUACAACUUUCUCUCGAUCGCAUUCUGGCUUACCGCCUGUUACAACAGCAUUGCCGCACUGGCUAUGCAAUUCAUCUACCGGUAUUCGGCGCUCUGUCGGAUCAGGCCAUUUACGAUUGCCGAAUACAUUGGCAUCUACAGUAUUGGUGCGACAAUGUCUCUUCUACUAGGAUUUUAUUGUUUUAUCUGUCAUGAAGACGAGACGCCUGUACAUACUGAAAUUUUUGUGGGGGAAUCGAUUUUCGGACUUGGGAAGCCCGGCUACAUUGUUGGAGAUCCGGUAAGCUUUUCGGAAUGAAAGCUUUGCUCUGGUUUGCUCAUUAUACUAUGUACGUAUCGUAUCUUCUCAUCUUUCAGAAUGACAUGCUUUCCAUGACGCAUUUCCUGGGCAGUCAAAUGAUGAUGAUUAUCUUGUACAUAAUCAUCUUCAAAACCUAUCGGAUGAUCGAGCAGCGGCUCAAACAAGACUUCCGAAACAUGUCCGCCCACACAAUGCAUGCCCAUGAGGUUUUGAGCACUGUGAUGAAACUGCAGGUAAUUUCAAUUUUUGUCUGAGCAUACUGUAAAACUUGAUGCUUGAGCAUUAAAAAAAAUGUUUGCCAUUGCGAUCUAACUACAGUAAUGCCUUGUUUUUCAGGCAACCUAUCCAUUUGUCAUCAUUGGCAUGCCCAUUUUCGUCUCGACAAUCUUGACCAUGCUGAAGCUCGAUUGCUGGUGGUCGGGUUUGUAUGUUUGCACCUCAUCCUCACUGAUAUCGAUCAUCAACCCGUUGACGGUGAUCACGCAAGUUCCUUGGUUCAAACAACAACUCCUGUGGGUGUUUACAAGGAAGAAGGUCAAUAUUUAUAGCACGAAUAUUAGUAAUACAAGUCUUCCUACUAAUGUGGAGGGAAAAUCGCAGAAUUAA